GGUUACCAAUACAUCAAACAUGAUUUCCAGAUGUUUGAUCCCAUUCCAUUUGCUCCGUUCCGGACAUUAUUAUGAGCCGUUCUCCCCUCAGCAGCCUCCUGUUAUGUUUUGGUGCAGGGUUAGAUGGUGGUGCAAUUAAAAAAUUUCAAAUGUGUAUUUCUGCCUUUCCCCUUUUCUUGUGACCAAAAUGUGCAAUCCACACUCCGAUCUGCGAAAGGCAGAAAUACAUAACACAGCACCUCGUCUGCCGGAAAUUCACACCAAAAAGAAAAAGAAGAAUCUCUAAGCAAAUAACUUAAAUUAAUUUGAACUCGGAUAUUCAGAGUUUCCGGUAGGACGUGAACGCGGAAUGAGAUCAUCAACGUGCGCACUUACACAGACAAAAGGGCCCAUUAUGACGUGUCCCACUUAGUGUUCGCUGUUCUCUGUUGUAAUAAUCUAAGGAUUUGUGUGCACGGUUACACAGAUCAGAAAAUAGUGUGUCUUAUAUAUCAAAUAAUCGUAUUAUUUCUGAAACUAUGGACGCCCCCGAAGAGAAAACUAGUCUUUCUGCUGCACAAAGAAGAGCAGAAAUUCGGAGGCGAAAAUUGCUCAUGAAUUCCGAAGACCGAAUGAACAGAAUCGUGGGUUUCACCAAAGCUGAAGCUGAAAAGAACGGAGCGUCAAGUCGUGUCACAGAGCCUAGGUUCCACCUGGACUUGGACAGGAACAAGCCGUGGUCAGCAUCCUCAUCCCCAAGACUGUCUCCAUUCCUCCCAGAGGCAGUAGGCAGCAGCCACCCCCACAGCGAUCUUCCAGAGAGGAAAGGCUCUCCCCUGCCAGACAGCAGCGAGGUGCUGGGUGUAGACAAGGAUGUGACUCCAGGGGUCCGACAAAGGCCACGGGGAGAGGCCCAGCUGGCAGCUGAUGAGCCCAGCCAUUCCGAAUCCCCACGCAGAGGGUUGCAGAAGUAUUUAUCCCGCUUUGAUGACGCCAUGAAGCUCAGAGGCCAACUGGCCAAUGAGAAUCAGGCCCAGGAUGCAGCCGGGUCAGACCCAGAAGAGUUGGACUCCUUCAGGCUCUUCAGGCUUGUCGGCAGUGUCCUCCUCGCCAUCUUUGUCCGAGGUUUUGUCUGCAAGUAUCUGUCCAUAUUCGCACCAUUUCUCACCCUCGAACUGGCCUACAUGGGGUUGUACAAGUAUUUUCCAAAGGUUGAGAAGAAGAUGCAGACCACAGUGCUGACCGCCGCCCUCCUGCUGUCUGGGAUCCCCGCUGAGGUCAUCAACCGCUUCAUGGACACCUACAGGAAGAUGGCUGACGUCUUCGCCGACCUCUGUGUCUACUUCUUCACCUUCAUCCUCAGUCACGAGAUCCUGCUGUUGCUUAGUUCAGAAGAGACUGAUACUCCCUGAUGGACUGGAGGUCGCCGUGCUAUGGCGCUGUAAAUGUCACCCUCUCUCUGGGUGACAGAGGAGGGCAUGACCCCUGAUAGUGAUCCUUCACCCUACCUCCCAACCAUGUCCCAUCCUGAGUCAGUACACCCCAUAGGGGAGGGUGUUCGUGGUGCAGGGUCUGCAGGUGGAUAAGAGAGGAAGACAGAACUUACUGGUUGAACAAGGUAACAUAACAUGCAUUUGUGUUCUGGCCCUCUUACUAUCCACUAAACAACACAUGUCACUGCACCUAUCUGUUGUAUAUUUAAACAUCUUACAUAUUAAUCUUGUCCAUAGGAGCUGCUUUUAAGUUACUGUUUAAGUAGCUCCCUACAGUGUUUACAUAAGUGGUUCAGUUUCUUUGCGAUUUUGUUUGUUUCAAGUGAAUUAAUCGAUCUCGUAUGGAAGACAGGAGAAGCACUUGUCUUCCAGUGUUUUGUUUUUGCACCCUUUUAUGCUUUAAAGACAUGGUUGACUUUAUCUAUACAUGUGCAAGCUCUUAUUAAAAGAGGUCAAUUGUGUCAUCUGAACUAGGGAGAACGAUUGCUUAGGAUUGUCUUUUUGGAAAGUGUGUUUUGUCACUGCUAUUCAGUGUCGGGCGGUGGGGUCUUAUAAGCUUGUUUAUUAUCUGUGCUGAAUAAGUCUGAUUUGUGGAAAUGUCAUGUAUUGCUCUCCUAGUUAUCCCAGCCUCACUAAUACAGUCUUUCUGUGGCAUGCUACAUCAUCUGUUAAUUAAACAAACAAAAACAAUGUAUUUAACAAGGCAAGUCAGUUGAGAACAAACUCUUAUUUUCAAUGACGGUCUAGGAACUGUGGGUUUAACUGCCUUGUCAACUCGGGGAUUCGAUCUAGCAACCUUUUGGUUACUAGUCCAACGCUCUAACCACUAGGCUACCUGCCGCCACUACACUCUAACCACUAGGCUACCCUGCCGCCACUACGCUCUAACCACUAGGCUACCCUGCCGCCACGACACUCUAACCACUAGGCUACCCUGCCUCCCCUACACUCUAACCACUAGGCUACCUACCCCCUCUACACUCUAACCACUAGGCUACCUGCCGCCACUACACUCUAACCACUAGGCUACCCUGCCUCCCCUACACUCUAACCACUAGGCUACCUACCCCCUCUACACUCUAACCACUAGGCUACCUGCCGCCACUACACUCUAACCACUAGACUACCUGCCUCCCCUACACUCUAACCACUAGACUACCUAACCCCCCUACACUCUAACCACUAGGCUACCUGCCUCCCCUCAUCCUACAUGGCACUAAUUAUUUUAGUUGGUGUGAGAUUUUCUUUUUUUUUCGUGACUUCAUUGGUGUGUUCUUGUUUGUCAGAACGGCUUGAUUCAUUUUCAUAAUUUUGAAAAUUAUAAUUUUGUUUAAGGUAAAUGCUUUAUUCAUGCUUUAUUUAUUGUAUGUGAAAUAUUGAAAUCAAUAUCAAACACAAAGAUAAAGAGAUGGGAAUGUUGCAUCUUAUAGUGGUAUUUAAGUUCUGCUAAACAACACUGUAAUGAAUAUGCUGUGUUUAAACAAAUAAAACCUUGGAACAUUUCAAAA